AUCUGGAGCCGCUGCGCGGCCGGCCACAGUGAAGGCGCGAGCAACCAGAGCGCACGCAGGGCUGGAGGGAGCACAGCCUCUGCCGCCACCGCCGCGGCGGCACAUGGGCCGACCCCGCCGCCGCCGCCGCCCCUAGCAGCCCCAGUCUCGUAGCCUCCCGCAGCUCCGGCCACCCGACCAGCCAUGUCUUUCAGCGGAGCCUCCGAGCGCAGCGUCCCGGCCACCAAGAUUGAAAUUACCGUGUCCUGCCGAAACCUGCUGGACCUCGACACCUUCUCCAAGUCCGACCCCAUGGUGGUGCUCUACACGCAGAGCCGGGCCAGCCAGGAGUGGCGGGAGUUCGGACGGACCGAGGUGAUCGACAACACACUGAACCCAGACUUCGUGCGCAAAUUCGUCCUCGACUACUUCUUUGAGGAAAAGCAAAACCUGCGCUUCGAUGUGUACAACGUCGACUCCAAAACCAACAUCUCCAAACCGAAGGAUUUCCUGGGCCAAGCGUUCCUGGCCCUCGGAGAGGUGAUCGGAGGCCAGGGCAGCCGAGUUGAGCGACCCCUCACGGGUGUACCAGGCAAGAGGUGUGGGACCAUACUGCUGACUGCAGAGGAGCUGAGCAACUGCCGGGAUAUUGCCACCAUGCAGCUGUGUGCAAACAAACUGGACAAGAAGGACUUCUUUGGGAAAUCAGACCCUUUCCUCGUGUUCUACAGGAGCAAUGAGGAUGGCACGUUCACCAUCUGCCACAAGACAGAAGUUGUGAAAAACACACUGAAUCCUGUAUGGCAGCCCUUCAGCAUCCCCGUGCGGGCCUUGUGCAAUGGAGACUAUGACAGAACGGUGAAGAUUGACGUGUAUGACUGGGACCGGGAUGGAAGCCACGACUUCAUCGGUGAGUUCACCACCAGCUACCGAGAGCUGAGCAAGGCCCAGAACCAGUUCACUGUGUAUGAGGUACUUAACCCUCGGAAGAAAUGUAAGAAGAAGAAAUACGUCAACUCGGGAACUGUGACGCUGCUCUCCUUUUCUGUGGACUCUGAGUUCACUUUUGUCGAUUACAUCAAGGGAGGGACACAGUUGAACUUCACAGUAGCCAUUGACUUCACAGCUUCCAAUGGGAAUCCCCUGCAGCCCACCUCCCUGCACUACAUGAGUCCUUAUCAGCUCAGCGCCUAUGCCAUGGCCCUCAAGGCAGUGGGAGAAAUCAUCCAGGACUAUGACAGUGACAAGCUCUUCCCAGCUUACGGCUUUGGCGCCAAGCUCCCUCCAGAGGGACGGAUCUCCCACCAGUUCCCCCUGAACAACAAUGAUGAGGACCCCAACUGCGCGGGCAUCGAGGGCGUGUUGGAGAGCUACUUCCAGAGCCUGCGCACAGUGCAGCUCUACGGGCCCACCUACUUUGCCCCUGUCAUCAACCAGGUGGCCAGGGCUGCAGCCAAGAUCUCUGAUGGUUCCCAGUACUACGUUCUGCUCAUCAUAACUGAUGGGGUCAUCUCUGACAUGACGCAGACAAAGGAGGCCAUCGUCAGUGCCUCAUCACUGCCCAUGUCUAUCAUUAUUGUCGGUGUGGGACCGGCCAUGUUUGAAGCUAUGGAAGAGCUGGAUGGUGAUGAUGUGCGCGUGUCCUCUAGGGGACGCUAUGCUGAGCGCGACAUCGUUCAGGUAGACCUGAUAUCAUGGGGACAAAAGAAAGUCAUGGUGUCAAAAGGCAUGGUGGGAAGGAGGGGCCAAGUUUGCAGCCAUUUCCCUUUACUGCCUGCCUUUCUUUUUUUUUCAAUUUUUAUUUAUUUAUUGGCUCUGCUGGGUCUUCAUUGCUGCAUGCAGGGUUUUCUCAAAUUUAUGGGAGUGGAGGCUACUCUCUAGUUGAGGUGUGUGAGCUUCUCUUGUUGCGGAGGUUGGGCUCUGUGACCCGUGGCCUCUAGACCAUAGGUUCAGUAGUUGUGACGCGAAGUCUUAGGCGCCUCGAGGCCUGUGGGAUGUUCCUGGACCAGGGAUUGAACCUGCGUCCCCUGCAUUGGCAGGUGGGUUCUUAACCACUGGCCCACCAGGGCAGUCCCUUUACUGCCUUCUUAAUCACUUACCUUUCUUCCCUUCACUCUUUCAGCCUUCCUACAUUCAUUCAACAAAUUCUUUUUGAGAAACAGGCAGGUUGCUGCAGCCAUGGUGGAUUCGUAGUGUAAGAGAUCCCCAAGGCACCUGCCCUCUAGUGGAGGCAGCCAGUAAUAAUGGCACAGUUCAUUAGAUUGUGCUAAGUGCUCCAGAGGGACAGCAAAUGCCACAGUAAGAGUCUGUAACCGGGAUCUGAUUAGGCAGGAUUGUCAGGGAAGGCUACUAUGAGGAAAUGACAUUGGAACUGAAAUCUAAAGCAAGGUAUAAGCAUAACAAGCCUCAGAGAAGCAGCAGGUGAGAAGGCCCUUAGGUUCGAAAUAACUGGCCCAAUCAUGGAGAAGGCAAGAGGCCUGAGUGGCAGGAUCACAGCAGUGAGUGGAAAAGGAAGGCAAGGCCCUGCCAGUCAUGGUGAAGUUUGGGACUUUGUUCUGAAAUAAUUAGAAAGCUCUUGAAGGAUUUUAGAUAGAGAAGUGAGAUGGUCAGUCUCACAUUUGAGACAUGCAGAGAGGCUGCAGGAACGUGGACUGCAGCAGGAUGAGGGAGAAGGCAGGAAGAUCUGUUAGUGAGGAAGCCUUCGAAGCAGUCGAGGGAUUUGGGUGGGAAUAGGAGCAGUGAGGAUGGAGAGGAGAAACAGGUUCAAAAGACAAUUUAAGAAAAAAUGUAUGAGAAUUGAAUAUUUGAUUAAAUGGCGACAGGAAGUCAGGGGGGCUUCAAGAAUGAUUCUUAGUUUCCUAGACUGAGCCCCUGGGUGAGUGAUAGUCUCACUUACUGGGAAAGGAAAGGCUGGAGGAGGAGCAGAUUUGGCAGAAAAGCCUAGAAUUCAGGUGUAAACACAUUGGGCUUGAGUUAUCCAAGACAAAUGAAAGGGGAUGUGAUAUGGGCAACUAAGCUGUGACUCUGGGCCUUAAAGAAAAGAAGGUAGGGAUGGAUGUAUAAAUGUAGAAGUUAUCAGGGAACAGGGUCUUUUUUUUUUAAUUGAAGUACAGUUGCUUUACAAUACUGUGUUAAUUUCAGUUAUGUAGAAUAGUGAUUCAGUGCUUUUAGUUUAUACUCCAUUUAAAGUUAUUACAAGAUAAAAGCUACACAAUUUAUCCUUGUUUCUUAUUUAUUUUGUCUAUAUUAAGUAGUUUGUACCUCUUAAUCCAGGGAACAGUUUGUAAAUAUGUUGAAAGUGUAUGAAAUCACCCAGGAAGAGAAUUAAGAAAGAAAAGGCAUCAGAUUUAGAGAUUAGGCAGACCCUAGAGCAUUGGGGUUGGUUCAGGGAGGCAUCCAGAAAGGUAGAGAAAAUCUAGAAGAAUGUAAUGUGUCAAGAGUGGGAAGUGUUCAGGAAUUUAUGGUGAAAUGUAAUGGAAAGCUCAAGGGGAGUCAGCAAGAUGUGUGACAAUCAUUGCCUGCUGGACUGAUUGGGGAACAUGGUGCGGUUGACUUCAUUAGCAAGAGCAGUUUCAGUAGACUGCAUGAAGCCAAAUUAGAGUGGUUUAAGGGUGAAUAGAAGGUGGAAAAAAAGUGGGUGGGGAGAAAGCAAAUGUAGAAAGUUCCUCUAGAUAAAGUGGGAAAGAGAGUGAUCCUUAGAGAUGUUAGGGGUCAAAGAGGAAGCCUCCUUCCUGCCACCUUCCCCAGUCCUCUCUCUCCUGGCCACCCAUAUCUGAUCGUGCCUGUCGCAGUUUGUCCCAUUCCGAGACUAUGUCGACCGGUCGGGGAACCAGGUGCUGAGCAUGGCCCGACUUGCCAAGGAUGUGCUGGCGGAGAUCCCAGAGC